AUGGAUACUCCUCCUAUGAAACGGUCGUCUCCCUCCGUUGAGCGUGGCCCUCCCUCGAAACGGAUCAAGACCCUCCCCGAAGAGCCUGCGCAAUACAGCGAUGCUGUGCGCAAAAAGCUCGCCGCCACCUCCCGGACGGGGCAGGCCUGCGAUCGAUGUAAAGAAAGAAAGAUGAAAUGCGACACAGACCCUAUGGCUUGCCAACCCUGUCGACAAAAGGGCCUCCGCUGCUACACCACCGACCGUGUCACUGGACAAGCCAGGGAAAGAGGCGAGAUCAAUCGCGCGGAGAACGAGCUACUUUUCUUGAGAGAGCAGUUGGUUGCAUACCAGCAUCGAUACGGGCCUUUGCAGCGAGUCGAUGUGAAAGAUGCCGUGCCCGUGACGCCAAAGGAGUCUCCUCCUGUUGUCACGCCACAUCCUACAGCGUCUGUCCCUGAUGCACGCUAUGUCGGUUGGCCGGCGCCAGAUCACUCGGAACCACUGCGCUCUGGUCCCGUCAAGGGUUCGAUGGUCGACAUCAUGGACGGGACCAUUGAUAUAGCGGACUGGGAAUGUGAAAUGAUGAGGGAAUACCCGCCAACCACGAGAAACAGGUUCAAUCUUUCCAGGACAUCCAUCACCAACACAAUCGCCGGAUACCAACGGGUAGAAGACCCGAAAUUACCUCUCAGAGAAGAAGCCGUGCGUGAUGCCAAUCAUUUUCUCGUGAUCAUGUCGCAAUAUGUCCCAAUCGUCCAUCGACCCAGUUUCUUGGAACUGGUACAAAAAUUCUACGACCAGCCGACCCUGACGACGACGGCCGAGCGGGUGCAGGUGGUCAUGGUGUUUGCCAUCAUUGCCCACCAGACGGCGGUGCGAAAUCAUUAUCAUUCGGCUGAGAAAUUCGAGGACUCGCAUCGUUAUUUACACUACGCCUUAGGGUCAUACCGGGAGUUAUGGCACGACCGGUCACUUGCUUCGAUGCAAGCCAUGGCGUUGAUCAUCUUGCAUUUCCGCAAUCUUCCAAAGCCCGGUGUAUCGUGGACAUACAGCCACAAAGUCCUCGUGCGGGCCAUUGAACUGGAAUACCACCGGGAUCCUGACAAGAUCCGCCUUCCCGAGGGCGAGAGAGACGCGCUUUCAAAGGAACUCCGAAAGAGGGUGUUCCACUCCAUUUUGGGUAUUUGUGUGACCACCGGCUGCAGGGUGGGUUUGCCGGCGCCAUGGCAGUUCCAGCAUAUCGACCUUCCUCUUCCCAAACCGCUCAAGGACUCGGAAUUGUCCAAGGAAGGCAUUGCUUCGCGGCUGUCAGGUCAUUGCGAUUUCUGGCCUUGUAUUCACCUUGCGAAGCUUCUUCCGUUGCUCACAGAGCUUCAUAAUAACAUAAUCUCUGUGAGGAAGCCUGCGGCAGAUUACCUGCGCACCGUGAGCGCCCUAAACGCGAAGAUCAUUGCGUGGAGGCAAGACUGGGAUGAGUCGAUCAAAGGUGAAAACAAGCAUGUCAAUUUGACCGUGGCCACUCAUCUCAUGGAGACAUGGGCAGCAGAAUACCAGCUGAACCUCCAUCACCCAGUCUGUUGCACGAGCGACGAUCCUGAAGUGAUGGACCGGCACCUGGACAUAUGCCACAAGUCGGCCAAGCGGCUCUUACAGACCUUCCACAUCCUCUCAAGCAAGUACAAGGGCGUGGACUUUACAUGGCACUCGACCUUGGCCUAUGCCACCGGCUUCGGCAUUACACUGCAUGUCUACAGGCAGCGGAAGACGUUGCUGACCAUGGAACAAUUCGAGGCCAUGAGGAACGAGCUGAAAGGUUGGAUCUCCCUCAUGGCCUAUGCGGAUUUAGUAUUGAGGACCGGCAACCAUCUGCAGCGACUGUUCCAGCCUCGCGUCCAAGCUCUUGAGGAAGAAUACCGAAGACUCAUGGUCGAUGCGGCUCCCAAACCUCCGAACAGUUUACAUCCACAAACCUUCGUUCCUAUCAACGGAUCCGGCAUUUCACUGCAACAGCACAAGAUCGAACCGUCCAACCAUAAACCGAGUCUGGAUGUCACGAAUUCGCAUUCGCAUUCGCGGCAUGAGAAGACCCUCCCUCAGCCCAUCUUCAUGCACGCCCAGGUUCGGACGCAAAGUCAGCCACAGUCCCCGUCCACCCCUCACCCGCCACAGCAGCAAUGGCCUCUGUCGCUUCCAUUCCUACCACAGCCGCAACAAAUGAACCCAGGACAACAUCAAGGACGGACAACACCAGUAGCAGCAGUAAAUCCUAUAACGCCAAUCUAUCCCGCCUUCGCCAUCUCCCCUGCGAAUGGACUGGCCACGCUCGCUUCUCCGGUUCAGUCGAUUCCGACGUCCUUGGCCUCGCUGCUCAACAAUUCAGGUAGCAUGUACGUCAGCUACCCAACACCGUCGCAGACUCAAAAUGGACUUGGCCUCGGAAGCGGCGGCGGCGGUGACGAUCCAAUGAUGAAUUUCUCGCCAGGCCAUUACUUCGAUGGUCCGGGUCCUACGGGCUGGCCGCUGAUUACGAUGCCGCCUGGCCCGCAAUCAUAG